AUGACCAUCAGCUACAGCCGGAAGGUUUCGUCCACGAAAUUAGGCCAAUUCUUGUGGCUGCUAUUCCGCUGGAAGGGAAGCAUCUAUCGGUUGCUUUACAAGGAAUUACUCAUCUACAUCAUUGCCUACUACUCUUUGGCGUCUCUGUACAGAUUUGGACUUAAAGAAAAGCAAAAGAGAGUAUUUGAACACGUAUCCUUGUACUUCGAUAAGUACGCUCAUUCCAUUCCGCUGACCUUUGUACUUGGCUUCUACGUCUCAUUGAUCAUUGGCAGAUGGUGGAAAAUAUUUCAAAGUUUUGCGUGGCCCGAUAAGUAA